GAUAAAAAGCUCAGAGCUACAUUGCUCAUGCGCGCGCGCUCUCACGCAUCCACUCUGUUGUGAGAUCUGCGCCGCCGCGCACGCGACGCUCGCGAGCGACAAGGGGUGGAACCAAAUGGAAAGCGCUCGGCUCGCUUUGAUUCAUGGGAGUAGCAGUUUCUAAAUUACACGAGGCGUUUGUGUCGCCGUUCGCCGAAAGAACGAUGCUUUAAAGCGUCACUGUGGCGAACCACGUCACCGCCUUCUCACUACUUGACGGUCUGGAUUCUGGUCAUUUUGAAAACUGGUCACGAAUAUUUUUACUGUUUGAUUCUUUACAUGAAAAACGUCAUUCAUUGACUCAAAUCCGGCAUACGUUACUUAGAUUAUAUUCUAAGAACACUGCAAUAUUUGAGAAAAUGUUUAAACAUGUCGCAAAUUAGGGCAAAAGCAUUUAAUUUAAUGCCCUUUGUGUGUCAGUCCUGUUGUUGACAAUCACCUUCCACACCAGCAGGGGCGCAUGUUUGGUUGUGGCUACGGUUGCGCAUUUGGAACUGUCUGCUGGCGGCCACCGUACACUCGAGCAACGCCGUCUUCAACUUAUGUUAUUUAGAGAAACACGUUGUCAAGUUAGCGACGUUUUUGAGAACGAGGCUCACCCUUCGAGUGCUACCUUCCUGCUGGCUUCGGUCGCCUUGAAAAGUUGAGUCAUCGCACAAAGUUGUCACGACUCACCCGGGUGCUCGACUGGACUCUGCGGGUGGCGGAUCGUGGGUCUUGGCCGGUGGCUUCACAGCUCAGGAUGUGUCAGGUCAAUGAAGAAUUGCCGUCACUGAGGGAGAGUGAGAAGAUGCAGGGAUUCUCCAGGAAGUGUUGCAAAUGCAAAGAAGGGAGUGCAGCCGUGGUCAUUCGGGCCGGAGACACCUACUGCAGGGACUGUUUCAAGGAGUAUUUCAUCCACAAGUUCCGGGCCAUGUUGGGGAAAAACAGGGUCAUAUACCCGGGAGAGAAGGUGCUGCUCGCUGUAUCUGGAGGUCCCUCUUCCUGCUCCAUGCUCAGACAAGUGCAAGAGGGUUUGAGUCAGAAUGCUCACAAGAAGUUGAGGUUCCUGCCUGGGAUCGUCUACAUCGAUGAGGGCGCCGUUACGGGACAGACGCCGGAGCAGAGGCUGAGGACGCUGGCAGAACUGCGGGCUCUGUUCCAGGCCACAGGCUUCCCCUUCUAUAUGGUUCCACUUGAGCGGGUUCUGGAUCUUCCCAGCUCAGUGCUGGUGGCCGCCGUCCCCGAUCACGGUCCGUCGGCUGCGUCCUACAAAGCAGCUGUGGAUAAGUUCCUUCAGGCUCCUGACGCCGACGGUUACCAAACUCUGUCAGCCCCAGAGUCGCCGGUCAGCCUCAACGUCCAGGAGCCACAAACUCGGAUGCUGCAGCAGAUGCUGGACUCUGUAAAGACGCUCACUGCCAAGCUGGACCUGUUAAGAACUUUAAGGCAGCAUCUGCUGGUCCACACUGCUCGAAGUGAAGGAUACAGCAAGCUGAUGUUGGGCGACAGCUGCACCCGAGUGGCUGUCCUGCUGCUGGUCAGCAUCUCGCUGGGCAGAGGAGCAGCGCUGGCUCAGGACACAGGUUUCUCUGACGCUCGGUACGGUGACAUCGUUUGUGUGAGGCCCAUGAGAGACUACUCAGCCAGAGAGAUCGCCUACUUCAAUCAUCUGUUCGGGGUGCCGACUGUCUUCAGCCCCGGCCUGGACACUCAGACCAAAGACAAGUCCAGUAUCCAGCGUCUGACCGAGAGUUUCCUCACCAAGCUUCAGGAGGACUUCCCCUCCACCAUCAGCACCAUCUACAGGACCAGUGAGAAGCUGCAGACCGCAUGUGGGGCGUCUUCUGCUGUAGACCCCUGCCAUCGCUGUCUGCUCUGCCUGUGUGGCCUGGACACAUCUGCAGGAAAGGCUUCAGCCUUUCAGUCGACCCUGAUCUCAGAGCAGCUCUCCCAGACCAGAAUCUCCUCCGCCUUUGCUUCAAGUCCAGGUCCGACCUCUGCUCUUGGACAGUGCUGUGACAGGACAGGAGUGUGUGGGGGGGCUGAGGAGGGGGUGCCCUGCUGCUCCUCCUCCAGGCCAGCAGAGAGGACGGACCUCAGCAGCCUGCUGUGUUACAGCUGCCAACUGACUGUCAAAGACCUGACCUCAGUGGAGCGACUCCCUCAGUAUGUCCUGGCGGAAGCUCGGCGGCGGCAGCGGAGGUCUGAGAUGAGGGAACAGAUCAGCGACUUCCUGCUGCCUGGAGACGACUGACAGAAGUGGAUCAUGAGGAUGCGGAAGCUCACAAGCAGAAGCUCUGACUCUGACCUCAGUUGGCCGCGCUCAUGUGCACGGCACACAUAUCCAGAGAGUUGCAUUUAGAACCUCUUUUUGUUUUCAGUUUCGUCAUUAAAAACGUGUUUUAUCACUUUUCCCAGUUCUUCAUCUCU